AUGGCUUCGGUUGCUGCUAAGUUAUCGGGCGUAAAACGGUGUGCCAAAUCAUCUAAUCUAAUUACGUAUCAUGCGAUUGUUCCUGAUUUACAGAAUAUUGGACGAGCAAAGCGACUUGGGCAUGCCUUUGAUCUGUCUAAGAGAUUGAAUUUAGAGGAAUAUGCCAAAACGAGGAAUGUUUCGCUUACGGAAUUUCUCACUGAUUCAACACGAAGUCUUGAAGAUAAUACGUCUGAACUUAUUGAAAAACUUACUAAAUGCAUCUAUAAUUCCAGUCCUAAAAAUAUUCGGAGAAUCGUAAUUCUCAAUUUCUCCCUCCAGAUUUCCGAACUUACUGAUCGGGUAUAUGGGCUGGCUGAUUUCAUCUUCAAUAUUAGAUCAUUUGAUAAAGAAAUUUAUUCAAAAGAAGCUAUUGCAAAUCCUUUAGAUGAGUACGAUGGGAUGCUUACUGUAUUUGGGGGCUUACCUUGGAUGGGGUUUGGAAAUUCUGGUUCACUGGAGCCAGCGUUACGACCUCUGACGCUAACCUGGACAUUCAAACUUCCUUAA